AAAUCUGAAAAGAAAAACAACCAAGUUUUAUGGAAUAUUAAAAAUAUAUAAGCAUUUCAUAUAUAUAUAAACCGUUGGAAAAAAGCCGGUGUAAAAAAUAAUACGACCCGACCCGUUACAGAACCCUAUCUCAAAGUGUUUACCCCAGCAAUUCUCGAAAACAGAUAAGACACAGUCUCGGAACUGAGACUCCGUAGUAACACCAUGGCCUCCCAAGUUCUUCCUCAGGCACUGCAUAUGAUCCCGAUAAACCAAGUACAGUCCUUUAAUCCAGUAAAGAAUUUUGGGUUCUCUGCAUUUCUGUCUCGUGGUCCUUCUCCGUUGACGACUUCCAAGGUUUCAGUUUCUGGGUUUCAUUUGAAAAUCCCGGUUGGCUCAAGUUCUAGUUGUUUUGCCCGAAGGGAAUUUGUUGUGAGAGCAGAGUCUAAUCCUGAAGGUGUAGGUGAAGUUGAAGCUGAAGCAAGUGAAAAUGAUGUUGAAGAAGCAGAAACGAAAGCAGAAGCUGAAGAGGAAGUUGAAGCAGGAGAGGACGGAGAAGAUAAGGUUGAAAAGAAACCCAAGGAGGGAAGAAAACCCCUGGUUAAACUUGGCGAUAUAAUGGGGAUAUUGAAUAAAAGGGCAAUUGAAGAAUCGGAGAAGCAAAGGCCAGUUCCAGAUCUUAGGACUGGUGAUAUUGUUGAGAUUAAAUUGGAAGUUCCUGAAAAUAGACGCAGGCUGUCUGUAUACAAAGGUAUAGUCAUGUCAAAACAGAAUGCUGGUAUCCACACUACCAUCCGAAUUCGGAGAAUUAUUGCUGGCAUUGGAGUUGAGAUUGUAUUCCCUGUUUACUCACCCAACAUUAAGGAAAUCAAAGUAGUCAAGCAUAGGAAGGUCAGGAGGGCGAGGCUGUAUUAUCUAAGAGAAAAGCUCCCCAGGCUGUCAACUUUCAAAUGAAAGACACUGAUGCCUUUCCUCUGGUUUUCUUUCCCCCCAAAUUCCAAGCUGUUUUUUAAUUGCUUAGAUAUUGUAAGAGCUGUAAUUCUAUGAAUCUACCCUUUGUCCAUUUUGGUGUAAAAUUUAUUGUAAACAUUGCUUUGAUUCUGGGAAACUACUAAAUUCAAUUUUCAAGUUAUUUACUAAUCAUUUCAGUAUGUUAA